CUCUGUCUCCAGCAGGUGCAGAGCCCGACUGAGCUGUGAGUCUCGGCUGUCAGCUCCCUGAAGAGGAGACCCCCAUCACCUGUGGCUCCCGGAACAGAGGCAGAGUCUCCUCCUGGACUGCAGGCUCCCAGGCACUCGGGUCUGGGGAAGAGACACGACCAUCCACUUGCAAAACACAAUGCCCCCAAGGCUGCAGAGGUUUCUGAGCCCGACCCCGCGGGCUGGAUCAGAGCGGGCACCUCCGGGCACGUCAGGAGAGGCCCCAGGGCAUCCGCGCUGCCUGCUUGACUCCGUCUUGGGUGUGCGGUGACGAGGGGUGGGCGGAAGGCCCGCCCGGAUUCCUGAGACACUCCCUGCAGAGCGGCUACGCCCAGCCCGGGACUCUCCAGGGGUGAGGACGCUUUAUAAACCGGCAGCCAAGAAGACAGCCCCCCCAGAUCCCAGGAGGAACACCGUGCCCCCGGCCUAGAGGGGCGAGCGCCCGAGCAAAUCCUGCGGCGGAGAGGUGAAUCACUCGCCGGGACAUCUCUCCUCCGGCUCAAGAUGUGGCCACUCAUCCUGCUGCUAGUGUGGUCAGUCCUCCCUUACGCUCAGCCGGCCUGCUCCCGUGGGGCCUGCUACCCUCCCGCCGGAGAUCUGCUCAUCGGAAGGACGCGCUUCCUCAGAGCCUCUUCCACCUGUGGCCUGCUGAAGCCGGAGUCCUACUGCACCCCAUACGGGGAGUGGAAGAUAAGAUGCUGCAAGUGUGAUUCCCGCCUGCCUCACACCUUCGUCAGCCACCGUGUGGAGAACAUAGCUGCCUCCAAGGGCCGUAUGCGCUGGUGGCAGUCCAAGAAUGAUGUGAAUCCCGUCUCUCUCCAGCUGGAUCUGGACAAGAAGUUCCAACUGCAGGACAUAAAGCUGGACUUGAUGGGUCCGCUGCCAGCCGGCAUGCUGAUCGAACGCUCCACGGAUUUCGGGAAGACAUGGAGAGUGUACCAGUACCUGGCUCUGGACUGUGCCAGGACCUUCCCCCACCUCCAUCAGGGCCAGCCUGAGAGUUGGCAGGAUAUCCGCUGCCAGGAGUUGACCCCGCAGCCUGGCAGGAACUCCCAAUCAGGGAAGGUCCAGCUGAACAUCCUGAACCUGACAUCCGAAAUCUCCGCUUCUCGAAGCCAGAAAAUCCAUGAGCUGGGGGAGUUCACCAACCUGCGAAUCAACUUCACCGGAUUUGGCCCCCAGCCCCAGAGGGGCCAACGCCCACCCAACUCCUUUUAUGCCGUCUCUCAGCUGCGGCUACACGGAAGCUGUUUCUGCAAUGGCCAUGCCGACCGCUGUGUCUCUGCUGGUGGGAGGCCAGCUGACCCCUCCAUGGAGGUGCAGGAUGUCUGUGUCUGCCAGCACCACACCACCGGCCCCAACUGUGAUCGCUGUGAAGCCUUCUACAAUGACCGGCCGUGGAGCCCCGCCGAAGACCAGAACCCCCAUGAGUGCCAGAGGUGCAACUGCAACGGGCACUCUGAGACGUGCCACUUCGACCCGAAUGUGUUCGCGGCCAGCGGCGGAGUCAGCGGGGGGGUCUGCGACCACUGCCGGGACCACACGGAAGGGACAAACUGUGACAGGUGCCAGCUGUACUACUUCCGGAACCGCCGCCCGGGAGCCUCCGUCGAGGAAUUCUGUAUCCCCUGUGAGUGUGAUCCGGAUGGCGCGGUGCUGGGAGUCCCCUGUGACCCGCUCAGCGGGCAAUGUGUGUGCAAGAAGAACGUCCACGGCGAGCGCUGUGACCUGUGCAAGCCGGGCUUCACCGGGCUCAGCGUCGCCAACCCGCAAGGCUGCAGCCGCUGUGACUGCGAUGACUUGGGGUCCCGACAGGACAUGCCUUGCGACGAAGAGAGUGGGAAAUGCCUGUGCCUGCCCAAUGUGGUGGGACCCAGGUGUGACCAGUGUGCCCCAGGCUACUGGGGGAUUGCUAGGGGCCGGGGCUGUCAGCCAUGCAUGUGUGACCCCCGCACCUCCCUCAGCCCUCAAUGUAACCAGUUGACAGGCCAGUGUUCGUGCCGGGACGACUAUAAGGGCUUGACCUGUUCGGCUGCCGCGAUCCGCACGUGUCCAGACAGGGAAUAUGGCCUUGAUGGGUCAGGAUGCCGAGCUUGCGACUGUGACUUCCGGGGGACGGAGGAGCAGGGCUGCGACAAGGUCACGGGUCGGUGCCUCUGCCGGCCGGGCCUCUCCGGUCCCCGCUGUGACCAGUGCCAGCGCGGCUCCUGUGGCCAUUUCCCUUUCUGCCCGGCCUGCCACUCCUGCUUCCAGGACUACGACGAAGCCCUCCGGCGGCAGGCCUAUCACCUCACCAACAUGCGCAAUGCCACCUCCGGGGGGUGGCCGGGGGCCGGGGGGGCCGGAGCCCCCCGGCUGGAUGCCCGGAUCGCAUGGGCGGAAGGCACCGUCCGUCAGAUCCAGGCCAUCCUCAGCAGCCCCUUAGUCACGGAAGAGGAGCUGGCCCAAGCGGCCAAUGUGAUUUCUUCCACCAGGAGGAUUCUACAGAGCCUGAGACCUGAUUUUCCCUUUGAGGAGGAGACUGUGUUCCUGUCAGAGCAGCCGAAGACCCUGAACCAGGAAUUCGAGGCCCUCUCCCGCCUGUACCAGAGCCAGAAGAACCAGUUUGAGCAAGGGAGCAGCAGCCUGGAUCCCUUAGAACCCCUCAGGAUCAUCAACUCGGCCUAUCAGAGGUCGACUGAGGCCAGCCGGCAGGUGACCGACAGCUCUCACCAGCUGCAGCAGGCCCAGGAGAUCCGGAGAGAGGCGGAACGGCUGGAGGGGCAGCUGCCCAGUGGUGGGGGCAUUGGAGACUUGGGCUUGGAGGCCUUGAAGCGAGAGAUGGGCUCCCUCCCCGACCUGACUCCCACCAGCAACAAGAUCUGUGGGGUCAACCGGCUGGAACGCUGCCUUCCAGGAGACUGUCGGGGGACCCUGUGCCCCCGGGACAAUGGCACGACCUGCGGCCCCAACUGCAAGGGCACCCUCCCAUUGGCGGGCAGUGCCAGCUGGACGGCCCAGAAGACUGCUGAACAACUUAGAAAAUUCGAAGCUCAGCUCCACAAAACCAUGCAAAUGAUCCAGGAUGCCGAGGAGAGCUCCGCCCAGAUCCAGAGCAACGCCAGGCAUUUGGAGGCACAGGUGAGCAGCUCCCGCUCGCGGAUGGAGGAGGACAUUCGCCGCAUAAGCCAAUUCAUCCAGCAAAUCCGGGACUUCCUCAUGGAGGACAGCACCGAUGCAGCCACCAUCCAGGAGAUCAGCAACGAGGUCCUGUCCCUCUGGCUGCCCACUGACACUGCAACCGUCCUGAACAAGAUGAAAGAAAUCCAAGAGAUCGCUGCCCGUCUGCCCAACGUGGACCUGGUGCUGGCCCAGACCAAGCAGGAUGUCGCCCGGGCCAGGAAGUUGCAGGAAGAGGCAGAGAAGGCCAGGAAUCGUGCCAAUGCUAUAGAGGGCCAAGUGGAGGAUGUGAUGGAGAACCUGCGCCAGGGCAGCUCUGCCCUCCAGGAGGCAAAAGGUACCUUGAAUGGCACCGGACGUUCCAUGGAUCUGCUCAGGGCCCGGAUCUCUGAGGUGCGGCUAGUGUUCAAUCAGGCCGAUGCUUCGGUGAUGACCGUGAUGGGGCAUCUGAGUGACUUUCAGAAGAGGAUCGAGAGGCUGCGUAACCGGACCAGCCAGCAGCGGACCCAGGCGUUCGAAGCUAAGCAGAAGGCGGAUGGGGUCAACGGGAGUACGAUGCGUGCUGAGAAGGAAUUGGCUGCGCUGAAGCAGCUCUAUGCCGACAUGAAGAACCAACUGGAGAAGGGCCCUGUACCAGGGGAGCUAGAGACCAGGAUCACGCGUGUGAAGAUGGAGGCGGAAGAGCUAUUGAACGAGACCGCGUCGAUUUGGAGACAAAUGGAAGCUAUCGAGAAAGAGCUGAUGAGGGGAAACCAAGCCAUCCACAGCCACUCCAAGGACCUGGAGGGACUGGAGCAGCGCUUGGAGACGGUCCGAGACCAAAUCAGCCAACGCGUGCUCUUCUAUGCCACCUGCAAAUAAGCCCCCUCCCGCCCCGCCCUCCUGCGGCCCCCCCCGCCCGCCUCAGGCAGGAUGGCCGGCCUGAACCUUCGCCUCAGUCCUGGUCCGGGCCUGCCCAUCCUGCUCACCCGCAGCCUCCGUGCUUAACCCGGGCCGGAUGGCUGGUCGGAAGACUGCCUGCGGCCUGGCGUGGGUGCUCGCCACAAUGCAGAAUGAAUGCUGUCGGGAGGAUCGAGGACGGACCCGGGGACCAAGCUUGGGAGUCUGCAGCUGUCUCUCACCACUGGGGCCCUGCUGGGGGCACAGUGGAUCACUGAGGAGGGGUGGAAGGGUAGGUCGCUGGCCCCCGCAGCCUGGCCCAGACAGCGAGGGAGAGACAGCUGGAAGCCAUCCUCCGGGAGACCGGAUCCUUGCUCUUUGUGGGAGCCGUGGUGAGCCAGGCUCCAGGCCAAGCCCUCAAUAAAAACCCUUCACUGUA